AUGUCCUUUUUUGAUUGUGGAAAAUUUUCAAAGUUCAUGCAGGCACUUGUGGAUUUCCCUGAAAUUUACAAGAUUUCCCAUCUGGGAAAUCAUGCUAGCUUAAAACCGUUCAAGCCUCUCCUCAAUCGGAAAACAGAAACUAUCAUCGCUGGAUCAGGAGCUCUGCUCACAACCCAUUCCUUCAUACAUAAUCAAACUUCUGGAUUAAACGAUCUUGUCCUUGUCCAACCAGUUAUUUAUCAAACCCUUGAAUUGCUUUCAGCCAAGGGAAAUAUUCCGCUGUUCCAAGAUUCCAGAUCAACCAUCACUGCCGCAUCAUCCCCUAAAACUUGCAUGCAAGUCCCAGCCAUGGUCAGAAAGAAACAAAAGAUUGCACAUGGCCCUGCCAAGCCAGCGGAAGGGGGCACAAGGGGCGCCUCAUACAAUGACACCAAUGCACUCCUUGAAAUGAUGUGCAAAAGGCUCAUGAAGAGUUCCAAGAGAUGGGCAUCCAAGUGA